AUGGACAAGGGAAGAGAGAGAAUGGCCGCUGCCGCCGCCGCUGCUGCCGCCGCCGCCGCCGCGCAGUGCCGGAGCCCGCGGUGCGCGGCGGAGAGGAGGGGAUUCCGGCGGGAGCUCGACUCCUGGCGCCACCGCCUCAUGCACUGUGUAGGUUUUGAGAGUAUUCUAGAAGGGCUUUAUGGACCACGGCUACGAAGAGACCUCAGUUUAUUUGAAGACUGUGAACCAGAAGAGCUGACUGACUGGUCUAUGGAUGAAAAAUGUUCAUUUUGUAACCUACAGAGAGAAGCAGUCAGUGAUUGCAUGCCUUCUCUUGAUUCUUCACAGUCAACACCAACAGAGGAACUAUCAUCUCAGGGCCAGUCCAACACUGAAAAGAUUGAAUGCCAAGCAGAAACUUACCUAAAUGCACUCUUUCGAAAGAAAGAUCUUCCUCAGAACUGUGACCCUAACAUUCCCCUAGUUGCUCAGGAAUUAAUGAAAAAGAUGAUACGUCAGUUUGCAAUUGAGUAUAUUUCAAAAAGUGGUAAAAUUCAAGAAAAUAGAAAUGGUUCAAUUGGACCAAGUCUAAUUUGUAAAAGUAUCCAAAUGAAUCAAGAAGAAAACUCUCUUCAAGAAGAGCAGGAAGGCCCCUUAGACCUCACUGUGAAUCGAAUGCAAGAACAAAAUACUCAGCAAGGGGAUGGAGUGUUAGAUCUCUCUACAAAGAAAACCAGCAUAAAAUCUGAAGAGUCAUCCCUAUGUGAUCCUUCUUCUGAAAAUUCAAUGGCUGGUUCAACUGUUGAUGCAAAAUCAGAGGAAGCUACUAAAAUGGAAAAAGGAAAAUCAGCAUUAAGCAAAGUUUUGGAAUCUUUGUGCACACAUCACCAGCAACAAGUUUUGGCUAUGUUGAAAUUUCUAGCCCAAGAGCAGAAUGCUGCUUCUCCUUGCUGUUAUAAUACAUCAUAUACUGUGUCUUCAGAAUCUCAGAAGCCCCUAAUUGAAGAUGAUUUACAUGGUCUAUUUUGUAGCUGUGAAUAUAGGCUGGCAGAAAGAGGGUGUUUACCAAAUGAAAGACAAAGCGCUAGUUUUGUUCCUCUGCCAGUCUGUAUCACAGAUUUACAUUGUUUAUCUUGCCAAACUGUAACUCUUGAACACAUUAAGACAGUAGUGAAUAGAGGAAUUGUAAACAGUUCCAGUUCUCACAGGUGCUGCUCUGGAUUAUUACCAAAUGUUCACUCCACAAGCUCGGCCUUUCACACUCCUCUCUCAGCAAGGGAGGUGUGUGACAUUUCAGUCAGUCUUAAAGAUGUUUGUAGGUCUCGAAGUCCCUCGCCCCCACCAUUAUCACCUGUACAGACUGAAGGAUCUGAAAACUUCAAAGAUGUCAGCUCAGAACUUUCAGCUUUAGAGAAUAACAGACUUGAAGCAAACAUUAACCAGCCUCCAUCUCUCAUACCAGCAGAAAUCAAUGGUGAUAAAUACGGUCAUGAAGGUAAAAUACAUAAAGCUAACAAAUCUAGUGACUCUGAUUCUUUGCUGGAAGACAGCAAUAAUUAUCCUACAAAUCAUGAAAAAGGUGAAACUAUGAUUUUUCAAGAUUUAAUGGAUCGUAUUAAUGAAAAAUUGAAAUCAAUAGAAACUACAGAUAUGACAAAUCUUACAAAAUUAUCUAGUGGUGAUUGUAAUACAGAUAAUGAUUUGAAGUUGAGAGAUUUAAUAACUUCUCUCUUGCAUAAUGCAAAGGCCAGUGAUUACAGUUUUAUGGAAUUACUGAGUCAACAUGAUAAAAAGAUAGAAAAUAAAAUUAUUCAGACAAGAUUUCGAAAGCGUCAAGAAACCUUAUUGGCACUCCACAGUUCUCCUGAUUCACCCAUGAUUAGAAGGCAGUCUUUACAGAUAAAAAGAGAACUUGCUAGUCUUGAUGACAAUUUUUUAAGGAAAAAAUACACUGAAAAAAGUUCGAGGAAAUUGAUGCGCAGUGACAUCUUUUCAGUGGACAAAGAAGAAUUCUAUCAUUACCAAGGGCCUUCUUUACAAGACUGUAAAAACCUUCAAGAUAACAAUCAUGCAGAAACAUCGUUUUCACCAGAUUAUGCAUUACAAUCAUUGCAACUACCUCUACAUAGUUUAAAAACUAACUUGGCUUUUAAUACAUUUUCAGAAAACUUGAAAACAAGUUCCUCUGAGAAAAUGAGCGUAAGAAAAUCACAAGAGAAAUCUUCAUCUGGGGGAAAAAAAUUGCAAAAUCAUAGGGCAUAUCCAAAAUUAGGUAAUACUGAAAGUCCUUUGAAAAGUGACGUUCCUGGACUUCCGAGCAGAACUAGACGAAAUAUUGUGCCCCCUGGGUGGUAUUCUAUAUAUAUAACAAAUAAUCAUGUUUUUAAAAAAUCCCCUAAGGCCAAAAAAAUCCCCAAAUCUGCAAAGAAAAAAGAUUCAGUGAAAAAUAUUCAAAUUGAAAGCUCACACAAUAUAGAUCUAAACAAAAUUGCAAUAAGUUCUAAUUUGCAAGUUGUUGUGGAACGUUUGGAAGAUACAAUAAAUAUGGCCCAAAAAUCUUGGACUCAUCAGUCAUUAUCAGGAUAUAAAGCAUCCCAAAAAUUGAUAGAAAUUGAUGGUAAGGAUCAAAAUGUUGGCAAAAAAAUGACUCCUACUCUAAGUAGAGUCGUAUGCAAAGAGCAGACUUUAUCAAAAUCUUCGGUGCCAUCUAACAACAUCAAAAGUAGUCAUAUGCCUACAAUAGACUUGACAACCAAAAGACUUGAUAAUCUGAAAAAGUCUGUUUCAGAUAAAGGUAACUUGAUUUCCAGUGUUGAAAAUGUGCCAACAAGAUAUGAAGCCGGUGAACGCUUUUCUUUUUCCAACUAUUCUAGUCCUGUCAAACUCAUGUUUUUAUCUGAGGUUAAAAGCAGUGAAGGAGUCAAAUAUACUUUAACUUCAGUUGGUGCUUCUGAAUCAAACACUGAUCAUCCGUCUGAAAAACAUCCAGCUUAUCAUGUAACUGAAAAAAAAAAAGAAACAAGUGACAGUAUCCCUGGUGCUAACUUUGAAAAUGGUAGUUCUAAUCUCAGCGAUAGUGACACUCUUCAAAGAGAACUAAACAAAAGUAAUCAUGAGAAACAGAGUAUAGAACCCUCUGCGAUGCUUGUAGAUGAGAAUAGUGAUAAGCCCCAGGAAGAACCUCAGGAAAAUUCAAGCAGUACUGUUGAUUCAGCUUUUAAAAGAAAACCUGGUCGACCCAAGAAAAUAGGUCCCCAGGUUGUAAAACAGAUUAAGCGACCAAUUGGAAGACCACCAAAACCUAAGGCUAAUCAAACAGACCUCACCACUUGCCAAAACGACUCAUUGAAUGCUGGAAAGAAAAGCCCAGAAUCUCUCCUAUCAGAAGUAAAAGAAGGUAUUUAUAAAAAGAGUAUUACAGUAACUGUUAUUUUUGGAAGAUCAAGAAGAGCUAAAAGGCACGUUUCUGAAGGAAGUAUAAGCCUAAGCAAUGCUGUGUCUUUAAACAAUAACGCUGGUUUUCCAGCUGAAUAUAAUAGUUUCAGAAAUAUUAGAGAGCACAAAAUGGACUCGGGUGAAAGAGUAAGUGCUGUGUCAAAGUUGACUACUGACAGUGGGGUCAUGGGGUCUGACUUUGAAUAUGUGAGACCUAUCAAGGACAAGUCUCUGAUACCUCAGCCUUCCAAGAACAUUACUCGGCCAAAUCAGAAGCCUUUAGCAAUAAUUAGAAAGCCUGGCAGACCUGCAAAAGUUAAAAUCUCUGGCAUAUCUGUGACUAUUAAUAGAAUUUCGCCUCAGGAAAGAGAAGUAACUAUAAGCAGCUGCUUACCUCCUAUAGAACCAGAGAAUAUGCUAGGAAAAAAUCUACCUGAAGAAAAGUGUGAUGACCAGCAUGGUGGUGAGAUGGAUGUGAGGCCCACGGAGCCUGAAGCACUUCAGGAUGCGCCAGAAAGUGUGGUUGCUGCGAUACCUUUGCGACACUCGGUUAGGCAUAGAAAACCAUCUCUGCAUUUCUUGCAUUCAUUAUCAUCUUCCAGCUCACUUAUUUAUAGAAAUGCCCUGCUCCAUAAGUCGUAUAAGCUCCAGUUACAGAGAGGGACAAGUCAAAGGGAGAAACCUAUGCAAUCAAGGAUAAAAGCUUCCAAAGGUACCUCAGGAGCUAGAAAUUCAAGGAAUACAAAAAAGUGUUUGGAAGAUAACAAAAUAAUGCCCAUUUCUGAAGUAUCCUUGGAUCCUAUAAUAUCAUCAAACCCUCUGCUCAGGUGGUGGACUGCUUCUACUUCAAAUGAUUCCUUGUUGGAGGAAUUAAACAAUAGAUUUGAGCAGAUAACAAAUGCAUGGGUGCAGGUGAGUGGAGAUGAAACUGAAAAUUGUGUUUAUAAGAAAAGAGAACUCAUUGAGAAGAACGAUUUCAAGAUAGCAAACCCUUUGGAAACCUGUCUUUUUGAACUUGAAGUUUCACCUGUAAAAAUGCUUUUCCGGAAAAAGUACAAUUUGAGCGAACUCCGUACCUGGUUUAUGCAGACAACAGAAACACAGUCUCUUUCACUAGUUAGAAAAGCAAAUGCUAGAAACCCUUUGGAAGUUAUAAAUACCAAAGGAAUUAAGUUGGGGACCAAAUAUUCUGACUGUAAUACCAGCCCCUUUAGAAAGCACUUUAAAAAAUUUGCACUAUCUUCUCCUUCAAAAUCAGCAGGGAAGUUGCAUAUACUUCAUAAAAUGGUUAGCUCUCCACUCUUAAAUGUAAAAACUAAUUUAACACUAGCUAGAUUAAAAAGGACUGAGUUUAAGAGGUUACACCAUGAAAGGUGGAGAAGAGAGGGAAAGUUGCAUAAGUGUGGAGCUACUGAUUGGAUCUCUAAAAAGAGGAACUUCAGAUUUUUUUGCCAGAACAAAUUUUUAAAUAAGACCGAGGGGACAACAAAUACUGAUUUACCACUCCAAGGAAAAAACACAGGAAAUAAUCAGUUUAUUUUGCCACCUGAACGCAGUGAUGACUAUUUGGAGGAGAAGGUGGCAGUGUCUGACUUGAAAACACUUGCUACUGUAGAGCAUCAGUUUCAGCCAGAAGCAAAGGAGAAUGGAACAAAUUGCAGUGAGAAAGAUUUUGAAAAGGGACCAAGACUAGGAAAUAUAUGUCCAAAUAAUUGGAGGUCAAAAACCUUAAAAGACUGUAGAAUAUUUUUGAGGAAAAUCAACUAUCUUGAACACCGAAAUACUUUUAAACUGAACACAAUUAUUUACUCUUCCGAAUCUGUUAAUGGUGGAAGUAAUCAUCAGACUGAGAAAGAAGAAUCAAAGCGCUUUACCUUAAGAUCCCAUUCUGCUAGGCACAAUUCCUUUAAAACGCAAUCUAAAGAAAUAGAAAUUGCAAAUACAAACAGUCCUUCAACAGACACAAACAUUGGUCAGCUUGACAGUAGUAAAUUAAAUAAGUGUGUUAGCUAUGACAAGAAUUCUUCUGAUAGUUCUGAAGCUGUUAGAAAAUUGAACAAAAGAAAAAGACCACCAUGGAAGACCACAGAAAUGUCAGAAAUGUCAGCCAAAAGACAUAAACAGCAGUCUUGCAACAGUGGACAAAUGGCAAACUAUUAUUCAAAAUCCCAAUUAGACUGGAUACUUGUCAUGUGUUAAGUAUUCUGAAGAAAUAGAUAAACUGAUGUUAAUAUGAAGGAAGAUCAUAAUUGAUGCACAGCCCAAGAGUUAGCAUGCAGGAGAGGGUAGAUCCCAAGCCCCGACGACUUCCACUAUUUGGCAUGUGACUUUGGGUAAGUCAUUUUACUUCUCUGAGCCUCAGUGGGUGGUGGUUGGAAUCAAGUGAGGAAAUGUAAGAACUUUUAGCAUAGUGUCUGGCUUAUAACAAUUGCUCUAUAUUUCCAGACCUGUCUUAUCACACUAAAAUGUGUCAUUCCCUGUAAUUUGGCUAGCUUACAUUGUCAGACUUGUCUGUCAGCUUACAGUAUGCCAGCACCAUAUUGUCUGCUGUGAGAAGUACAAGUUUAAACUAAAGCUAGAUAUAUUAAAAUUACCAGUAAUCACUCAUUUAAAUCACAAAUCUUAAUUGCUUGGAUUCCCAUGACCCACAAGAUUUUCAUCAUUUAUACUUUCCAAGAUAUUCUAUUCUAUUCUAUUUUCUAAUAUUUUGUGAGCUUUCAAUCAGGUGGUUUAGAGAGGCUCUAUCUCAGAGUAGAUUGAAUCUCUGAUGAAAUAUUGAAAAUAUGCUUAGAUAGUCCUUUCAAGUGCUUCUUGGCCUUGUUUAACCCUCACUGUCUAGGUCCCAGUUUGAUAGAAAUAAAAGCUGUCUUACUGCAAGCACCUCUCUUCCAGCUGCUUCCUUCUCACCAAAAUAUGCAAGUUAAACUAAGUCUUUGCAUUUGUCUACAGCUCCAUAUGGUUUUAAAGCAUAUUAACUGGCUCUCAUUAGAUCAUCAGAAAUGUAUAAG